CUCGUCCAUCGCAGCCUCUCGCCACCUCUGUGCCGCGAGUGUCAGCCUCCCGCGGGAGCCUCCAUUUGCUCUCAGUGCGGUCUGGACGCUGUGCAGGCAGGCGGAGAGCGAUGCCCCGGCCCGCGGGACGGCGUCCUCUGCGCCAGGCGGCCGCUCGAUCGCUCGCUGGCAGCGGCGGUGACACCUCGUAGCCGCCGUGCAUAGGAACUGGGCUCCCUCCGCGUGAGGAAAGGCGCCCCGCGCUCCGGAGCUCGCGUUGCGGGGAGAGGCCCUCGCUAACACGGUUUCUCUCUGACCUCUUAAUUUCGGGAGGUUUCGGAGGCACCGAGUUCCUAUAUAGCCCCCACAGUGAACAACUUCUGUUGAGUCAUCGAGGAUCAUCUUUUACCGGGAUUAUUGUAACACGAUCUUCACUAAGCCUUCCACCCUGUAACCUCUGCCAUGGGUCCUGAUUGCCACCAAUGAAGUUUUUUUUUGAUGCUUUAUUGAUCAUGUGACACCUCCUCUUGUCCACCUUUCGUCUUUCCAAUCGCUAAAUACAUUAGGUAUAAGUUUGUGACCUGAUAAAGUACAGAGUUUGCUCGACCACUUUCAUCUUAUUUUUACAGCUCACUUCUGUCCAAGUCUCCUUACCUUGUUCAUAUGACUCUCUUAGCCAUUCAUCUGCUAACCUAUAACAAUCUUGGCUUAGAAGAGCCAGCAUUCAUUCCAUGCCACGCACUGUCUGACAGACAACAUAGUCAGGGAGUGGAACAUAGAGUCUGCAAGUCUCUUCUUGAAUUAAGUUGUGUAUUUCCUAACACAUUUCCUAGAAUAUUCCCACCUGAGUUUUUAUGGCUUUAGCAAAACACCUGCAAUGAUGACGAAGAGAAUAGAAUAUUCGACAGGACUGUUUUAGAGAACAGUAUUGGUUAAAUUUCUAACCCCCAUUGAAAUUGCAGUUCAUAAACUAAAUUCAUAAAUGUAGUUUACCUUAAACUAAAUAAGGAGGAAGAAGGACAUAAGAUAGAGUUAAUUGAAACUCAUCCUUGUUUUAAAACAGUCCUAGCUGUUUUGUGUGUCUCUUCUGUGCCUGAGUUUCAUUGUGUGUUAAUAAAGAAUCAUGCACACUAUAAAAAUGCACACUAUAGACGCUAAUAAAUGCUACUUAAAUUGAAUUUUUAUGACUUUAAAACAGUCCUGACUGUUUUAAAACAGCAAGUGAAGAGACUCAGAUGUAAACCUUGCCUGUCCUGGGGGGCAAGAGGCAGACCUGAAGACCCCAUUUUCUAGUCUUUUUUGUAUUAAAAUACUAAGCUGUUGAAUAUCUUGUUCUAGUAAUUGCCGAAAUAUUAGGCACUUAAAAUGUUGGGCAAACGAAAGCGAGUGGUGUUGACAAUUAAAGACAAGCUUGAUAUUAUUAAGAAACUUGAAGAAGGUAUCUCUUUCAAAAAACUUUCUGUGGUGUAUGGAAUUGGUGAAUCUACAGUUCGUGAUAUUAAAAAGAACAAAGAAAGGAUCAUAAACUAUGCAAACAGUUCAGAUCCUACAAGCGGUGUAUCCAAACGUAAAUCCAUGAAAUCGUCAACAUAUGAGGAACUUGACAGAGUUAUGAUAGAGUGGUUUAAUCAACAGAAGACAGAUGGCAUUCCAGUGUCUGGAACAAUUUGUGCAAAACAAGCCAAGUUCUUUUUUGAUGCUUUAGGGAUGGAAGGUGAUUUUAAUGCAUCAUCUGGCUGGUUAACUCGAUUUAAGCAGCGCCAUGGUAUUCCAAAGGCUGCUGGUAAAGGAACAAAAUUAAAAGGAGAUGAAACUGCUGCCAGUGAAUUUUGUGGUAACUUUCAGGAAUUUGUUGAGAAGGAGAAUCUACAACCAGAGCAAAUUUAUGGUGCUGACCAAACUGGAUUGUUCUGGAAAUGUCUACCGUCAAGGACAUUAGCUCUUGAAAGUGAGCAAAGUACUUCUGGGUACAGGUCAAGCAGAGAGAGAAUCAUUAUUAUGUGUUGUGCCAAUGCCACAGGCUUACACAAACUUAAUCUUUGUGUUGUGGGGAAAGCAAAAAAACCCCGUGCAUUCAAAGGAACUGACCUUUCUAACCUUCCUGUAACUUAUUUCAGUCAAAAGGGUGCGUGGAUAGAACAUUCUGUUUUCAGACAGUGGUUUGAAAAAUACUUUGUGCCGCAGGUACAGAAGCAUUUGAAAUCCAAGGGGCUUUUAGAAAAAGCGGUGCUUCUUUUGGAUUUUCCCCCAGCACAUCCAAAUGAACAACUGCUUAGUUCAGGUGAUGGCAGAAUAAUUGUGAAAUAUUUGCCACCUAAUGUCACAAGUCUAAUUCAACCUAUGAGCCAGGGAGUUCUAGCCACAGUGAAAAGAUACUACAGAGCAGGACUUCUCCAGAAAUACAUGGAUGAAGGAAUUGACUCAAAAAUGUUUUGGAAGAACUUGACGGUGUUGGAUGCAGUUUAUGAAGUAUCAAGAGCUUGGAAUAUGGUAAAAUCAAGUACCAUAACCAAAGCAUGGAAAAAACUUUUCCCUGGCAAUGGAGAGAAUUCGGGUGUGAACACGGAUGAAGGAGCCAUUUUAGCAACCAAUUUAGCAACAGUUUUACAGAAUACAGAAGAUUGUGAACAUGUUGACAUUGAGAGUAUCGAUCAGUGGUUUGACUCUCAGAGUAAUGACUCAAGCUGUCAGGUGCUAACUGACAAUGAAGGUGCUGAGGACCGUUCCAAGCCUGCUGAGCAAAAACCUUCCAGUAAGACUAGAAAAACAGAACUGAAUCCGGAAAAGCAUAUUAGUCAUAAAGCUGCACUUGAAUGGACUGAAAAUUUACUAGAUUAUUUAGAACAACAAGAUGACAUGCUUCUGUCUGAUAAAUUGGUAUUGCGGAGACUUCGAACGAUAAUAAGAAGAAAACAGAAGAUCCAAAAUAGCAAAAAUCAUUGAUAGGGCUCUUGAAUUUUUCAUUGUAUUUGUAUCUUUGUGACUGUUUAUCUGCAGUGGAACUUAAUUAUCCUGUUUGAAGUGCUGUGGAUUCCAAGGCCAAAUAUGUUCUAUAAAUGAUUUUAGGAUUAGCUGCUAUUUUGAAUUACUUAAACAACAACUCUGUGAUAUUGAUGCUACUAAUUGAAUGUUGACAUGUAACUUGUCUGUCAGUUGUUUCUAAUCUGUAUCAUACAAAUUAGAUCAUAAGGUACCUGAGGUCAGGGAUUGUGUGUCUCUUCUGUGCCUGAAUUUCAUUGUGUGUAGUAGAGAAUCAUUCACACUAUUGGCACUCAAUAAAUCCUACUUACAUUGAAUUUUUAUGACCUUCUGAACUUCAAUUUCCCAACUGAAAUAUGAUGGGGUAAGUUUCCAUUUCCAUUACUUUUCCACUGCUGAAAAACUUAAAAGAGCCCACCAAAGAUUGUACAGUAGUCCCCCCUUAUCUGCAGGGGAUAUGUUUUAAGACCCCCCAGGUAGCCCCAUGGAUGCCUGAAAUCACGGAUACUACUGAACCCUAUGUAAGACUAUACUUUGUCAUGUGCACACAUAGCUAUGGUAAAGUUUAAUUUACAGAUUAGGCAUAGUAAGAGAUUAACCACAAUAAUAAUAAAAUAGAACAACUAUAAUAAUAUACUGUAAUAAAAAUUACGUGAAGGACAGUGGGACUGUGAGAUUUCAUCAUGCUACAUACUUAUUUAACAUUUUCAAGCCUCAGUUGACUGAGGAAAGCAAAACCUCGGGUAAGGGGGGGACUACCUAUACUUAAAGUAUUUCACUGUGACUACAGGAAACUGAAGAAAAUAGUCUAGAAUCUUAAAUAUGCCAUUUCUGUACUAACAGUGUUUGGGCAAUCAGCAAUUCAGAUUGGCUAUCUCUGAGUGUAGUGAAGACAGAACGAGGUUAAAGUGUCCCUAGGGAAAGGGCUUUUCCAUCUUACCAAUAAGGAGAGUUUCUUCAUAGUUGUGGAGAGAAUGACAUUUCACUUUAGGAAAAUAGAUCUAAGUUCCCAAACCAUUGAGGUCAGAAGAGGUAAGGGUUAAAUUUUUUUUUGUCAUUUCAGUUCUUUUAUAGUGUGGGUUUAUCAACAGUUUUUCUCUUUAAUAAGUUACUUGACAUUUAUCUGAGGUCCUUGUGGUGCAGUGGUUAAGAGCUUGCCUUAAGAACUUGGCUGUUAACCAAAAGGUUGGCAGUUCAAACCCACCAGUCGCUCCUUGGAAACCCUAUGGGGCAGUUCUCUUCUGUCCUAUACGGUCACUAUGAGUCAGGUUUGAGUUUUUUUGUUUUGAUAUUUAUGUAAAUCUUUAAAACAACCAAGUAUGUCAUAUGACUUCAUAUAGCAUAUUUUUCAGUGAAAGCCAGCACUGAAGAGCAUACAUGUAAUUUGUGGAACCAGCACAUGAACUCUGGACUAACAUUAACUAGAGCGUGGGAGAGGCCCUAUAGAAGAGCACAGACAGACACUUGAGCCAGACUGCAGUGUGACCCUAGGCAAGUUCCUUAACCCAUUUGUUAAACAGGUCGUAUCUGCCUCACAGGGUUUUUGUAAGGGGUAAAUAAGUUGAUACAUGGACUUUAAAUUACAUGUGCUGAGAAGGUCUGGUUCAGAAUAAACCUUUGAGUGUUGUUGUUAGUUGCCAUUGAGUUGAUCCUGACUCAUGGCCACCCCAUGUGUGCAGAGUAGAACUGCUCCAUAGGGUUUUCAAGGCUGUGACAUUUUGGAAGCAGAUCACCAGGCCUGUCUUCCGAGGCUUCUCUGGGUUCAAACCGUCAACCUUUUGGCUAGUAGUCAAGUGCUUAACUGUUUGCAUCACCCAGGGACUCCUUUGAGUGUUAGCUAGUGUUAAGAUGUUGUAGAAAUUAUGAGUUUUUGGAAGUAUGCUGAACAGAUCCAUUGUGUGACUCAAAGUGAUGCUGCUACAUUGGGAAACCCCUUAUAAGGUAUCUGUUUUCCUGAGGUAAGAGAGAGAUGGCUAACUAGUAUCAGCUGAAAUUGAGUAGUAAUUUAUCUCAGUGAAAACAGAGGUUAAUCCAAUUUAUAAACUAUUUAUUGACCAUCUCUUGCUAAGCACAAUGAGAUAUACAUGGACGUUUAAGACAUUUUAGGUUGAAUUAUAACAGAAAAGGGGAAUAGAAUUGUAAUUUCUUUGCUCCAGGCCUGUUAAAAAAAUUUUUUUUUUUUUUUAGCACUCUGCUAAUAAACAGAUGUGGGCCUUGUGUAUAGAAGAAAAUCUAUGUUAAUAAUAUUGGCAUGUUUCACUGAGGUAAUAAAAUAUCCUUAAAAAAGGUAAGGGUAAGCGGGGCACUUGGAAUAUUUUACUAAACUAAAGUAGUACUGGACCAAUAGAAAAUUAGACCAAAAAGGGUUAUAGGAGACCCAAUUAUGGUAAUUAGGCCCAGCCCUCUAUAUGCAGUAAUGGGUUUUUUCGUUGUGUUUUUUUUUUUUUCCGGAAGUAACCAAAUCACAACUAGUUUCUUUUAGGGCCCUUAUCUGAUCGUUUUUCCUUCAUGGGGCUGUUGUAAGCACUCAGAAUUUUGCCUUUUGAGCUGAGGCUUUGGGUUUCAGGGUGGCCUUUUCAGAAGACAUCUAAAAAUCCACUGUAUUUGGGGGAGUUCAUACAUUAUUAUUAACACAUCUUCCUCGUUCACUUACCAGAUAGGCCUAAGAAAAUGGGACUCUACACAGAUAAGCCCUGAGGCUCUGGCUUCCUGUAGACCAAGAGAUUCUGAAACUUGAUGGUGGUGGUGAUGUUAUUUGUCGCUUGCAGUAAUGCUUUACAUUUUAUCAUGGUGCUCUUUGCUAACGCUACUUCUCAAACUUCUUUUAAUCUGGUAUUAAAAUUACUUAAUCUUGUGUUUUAUCAUAAAUGUUUAUAUAAAUUGUGCAUUCUAAUUCCAUAUCUGUUGUAAAAUAAAAAUCUCCUUCCAAAUACUGUAUUAGAUCUCUCAGAAGAUAGCUCAUGGCCAUCUUGGAUAACCACAUUCCCCUCGUAGUUACGUCUGCUCAGUUUGAGAAGUUCAGGCAUUUGUGCUCUCAUUUAACUCUGUGUACCUUUAAGAGAUUUAACAGAACUCAGACUAAAUGGAAAAGUGGAAACUAAGAGAAUACUUGUUUGGCAUAAUUUGGGAAGCCAGGAAAAAAAGGUAUUCUAAGUGCAUAAUGAAAUGCGUAAAAUAUACUGUCAGCUCCCGCAUUUGUGGCCAAUCUAAAGACGGAUUUCAGCAUAUUUAGUGUAGCUUCUUUAUGGAGCUUUCUUUGAGUGUGAUUUAUGAAUAUCCCUAGAACUUUGAAUACAGACCUUUGGGAAUUUUCAAAGUGAUUUUUAAUGAGAUUAUCAGCUAUUACCACUAUAAUUAAUUAAAUCACAGGGGAAUAUGAUAUUUUAGAGUUACUUAUUCAGAUUUUAGAAACCCUAGUGGCUUUUUUUUUUUGUGGUUGAGAGCUAUGGCUGCUAACCAAAAGGUUGACAGUUCGAAUCCACCAGCCACUCCUUGGAAACUGGGGGGGUGGUUCUUCUCUGUCCUGUAGGGUGGCUAUGAGUAGAAAUUGACUUGAUGGCAACGGGCUUUUAUCUGGAUAUUUGGCUUGAUGGCAAUGGGUUUGGUUUUUUGGAUCUGAAUAUUGGACAGUGGUUAAGAGCUCAGCUUCGAACCAAAAGGUCAGCAGUUCGAAUCCACCAGCCACUCCUUGGAAACCCUAUGGGGCAGUUCUACUCUGUCCUGUAGGGUUUCUAUGAGUCAGAAUCAACUCGACAGCAACAGGUUUUGGUUUUUUGAUUUUAUCCCGAUAUUAAAGAAAAUUAGUAAGAUUUUGGAAUGUUCAACUUUUUUUCUUUUAUUAGAAAAGUUGACCGAGGAACUCAGCCCCAUUAACCUGUGAAGUAACCUCCACCAAAGAUGCUCUUGUUGUCAAGGGAAAUCUGUUAAUAACCGCUGAACUUGUAAUGGAAUCACAUCCAGUUUCCUCUAAAGUCAACAAAAAUGAUUUAUAAAGAAAACAAAAUUACCUUUCUGCCUAAAAAAAAAGACAAAGUAAACUUGACAAACAUUAGUUUUUCUCAUCUACCCAAGCAAUUAACAUAUUUUCAAAAGUCAUAGAAUAAAGCUUUAAAGGUACUUUUUUUUCUUAAUUGGAAGUAUUUGAGAUUACACACAUAAGCUUGGGGUAUUAAUUUAAGAUGAUGACAGAGAACAUAAAUUUUUUAAGUUCCCUUUUUUGGCAUUAAAAAGUUAAUUCAGAAGCUGUGUUCAGGAGGAAUUUAGAUAAUCUGUGUUCUCUAAUCCAAACUAGUUUGCUUUAAGUCUAUCUCAGUAUAAUAAUCAAAACAGUAUGGUUGUAUUUUUUCAAGUUACUGUUGUUAGGAGAAAGGUGCCAUCAGGUUGAUUUUCAAUUCAUCGUGACCCCAUGUGACAGAGUAGAACUGCCCCGUACAGUUUUCUGGGCUCUAAUCUUUAUAGGAGCAGGUUGACUGAUCACAGCUGGGUGGGUUCGAACUGCCCACCUUUGGGUUAGCGGACUAGGGCUUAGCAUUUUGCCACCAGGACUCCGUAAGUUAUUGUUAAUUGUGGGAUAAUAUGCAGGGGUAGCCUUUCGGUUUUCUGUUAGCUUUGGGAAGGCACCUGCUGCUUUACUCUAACAUUUGGGGGAGUUUGUGUUCCCUCCGUGUCUGAAUAAGUAUCACUUAUAGGAUAAAAUACCUAAAUUACUUUUCUGUGAAAACUAGGCAGUGCAUGGGUUUUUUUUCCCUGUGCUAUGCAAGUAUUCAGUGCUGUAAAUUCGACACAUUGGUUAAAUUACCACCAUGUACAAAAAAAAAAAGAUUGUUAUGACAAAAAAUAGUGCUAAAGAUGUGUAUUUUUUCACAAUUGAGUAUCUGUGAGAUCAGGAUGCUACCUACAAUCAUAAUGGACAGCAUUUUUGUCUGUCCUGAUGGUAUAAAAUGAUGUCAUCUAGGUUCCGUAAAAUAUGACAAUGAAGAAUUUUGUGUAAAUCUUACCUUCCUUUUGAAAUGAGGACUAGAAACUUCAUGUUGCUAUACACAAAACCUGUCCAUCUAGUAGAUUUAUGUUUAGGAGUUUCUAGGUGGUGCAUAUAGUUAAGCACUUGGCUGCUAACUGACAGGUAGGUGGUUUGAGCCCACCCAGAGUCCCCUCAGAAGUCAGGCCUGGCAGUCUGCUUCUGAAAGUCACAGCCCUGAACACCCUAGGGAGCAGUUCUCCUCUGCAUACCAUGGGGUCGCCAGGAGUUAGAAUACACAUGAACAGCAACUGGUUUGGUUUUUGGUUAGGUUUAUAUUCAUAAAAGUGUAAUUAUAUAUUACAUGUGAAUAUGCAAAAGUUAGGUAUCUCUUUUUAACAUGUAAUCCAUCUUCAGAAAUCUUAUAAUACCAUUAAUUACAUACAUGCUUUACUAAUUUAGAAGAAAAGGUAGAGUAACCAUAUUAAAUUACUGAAAAAAAAAUUUUUUUCGGCAUGCAUUAUUUCUUUUGAAUAUAUAUAUUUGAAUAUAUAAAAUAACGAUCUAACAAAGUGUAGCCAAAUAGUGAUUUUACUGACCUUACCGCUAAUGAUUUAUAUGUGAAUUAAUUUUGGUAUGAAGUUUCUAAAUUAUUCAAGAAUAGCUUCCUUACGUUGUUUAUAUGUUACAUCCCUAUAACAAUGGUCCAUAAGCUAAGAAUAAGUUACCAUAAUGGGGUUUUGUGUUGCUCGUUUUAACUGAAGUCUCUAUUCAGAUUUCCGUAGUUUUUUACCUAAUGUCCGUUUCGUGUUUAAGGGUUCUGUUUAUGAUAUCACAUUCUAUUUAGUCAUCAUGUCCUUAGGCUCCUCUUGGCUGUGACAGUUUCUGACUUUCCUUGGUUUUGGUGACUGGUCAGUUUUGAGAUGCACUAUCAGGUAUUUUGUAGAAUGUUUCUUGUACAUAUUUUUUUUCCUCUUUGCAUUCCUUGCCCACUCCAACACAAGCCGGAUUGUGAAAGUGAUAAUGAAAGAUACAUUAUAUGAAAGUAUGAGGAAAGAAAGAUAAAUUCUGUUGAGGGUCUGGGAAGACUUCUCAUCACAAAUAGGAUUUAAGCUUGUUGCAGUUAAAAGCUACUGCUCUUAACCAAAAGGUAAGCAGUUCGAAUCCACUAGCUGCUCUUUAGAAACCCUAUGGGGCAGUUUUACCCUGUCCUGUAGAGUUGCUAUGAGUCAGAAUUGACUCAAAGGCAUGCAUUUUGGGUUGAUUUUUUGAAGAAAUUGGUUCUGUUUCUGUGUUUUUGGGUGGGAUGGAGGGUAUAGCAUGAAUAUGGGAAAUAUAGGUCAUAUUCUGGUAAUAAACUGACCAAGAUGAUUGCAGCAUGAAGUUUACUAAUGGUAGAAUUAGAAUUGAAGGUAUUAACUUUGCUGGAACCGAAUUGUAGAGAGCUUAUCAAGGUGAGGAUUUGGGGCCUUUUCCAUAGCCAUUUUUUAAUAGUGAAAUACUCAAAUUUGAAUUUUGAGAAAAAUUAUGCAGUAAUUUAUGGAAAUGGAGAAGGAAGAAGGAUUUAAAGCUAUAGACAUAGAAACUACUUAAGAGCUAAUGUGAUUAGAAAAUAGACAAGAAUGAAAGUAUCUUCUGGGGUCAUAGGGGUGUUUAUAGUAAGAAAAGAAUGAAUGGUAAUGGCAUAGACUUUGACAGCAGACCUGAUGUCAGACUGUAAGGAAGGAGUCAAACAGAUUUGAGACAUAAAAUUGAAUAGUAAACCCAAAAAAAAAAAAAAAAAAAACCAACCCUGUUGCCAUUGAGUCAAUUUCGUUUCAUAGUGACCCUAUAGGGCAGAGUAGAGCUGCUCCAUAGAGUUUCCAAGGAGCGCAUGGUUGAUUCGAACUGCCGACCUUUUGGUUAACAGCCAUAGUUCUUAACCACUGUGCCACUAGGGUUUCCAAGUGUACAGUAGGAUAGUGAUAAUGAUGUCAAAUCAUAAACUAUGGUAUUCAGAUCCCUGGCAGAUACAGCACAAGGAAUACUCCUGCCAGGUAUUACACACCUUUUCUUUAGAGUGAUUUGUAAUUUCUCGGGGCCUCCUUGUCCCUUGAAAUUUGGGUGAAAUUGCCUCUAUGUCGUACACACACACCACCCCCCGCAGCAUGGCCUGUGAGAGUUCCAAAGCCCUUCGAAGGAUGGCUCUGAUUUUCCAGGGAGCUUAUAUUCUGCCCUUUGUUACAAUGUGUGAUUUCUUUGUACCACAGUGACCCCACAUGACCCCAUUCUUUGAUUUCUGUUGGCUGAUGUGCAGAAAUGUAACUUUAUUGUUCCUUGACUAAAGUCAGCUUUUUCAUUUUUUUCUGCUGAUGGUAAGUAAAAGAAAAACAAAACCAAACCAAAAAAAGAAAAAAAAUAAAUUUUAUCAGCCACUUCUGAUUUCAGACUUAUUGCCUUUAAGUAAAUAUUCAUUCACAUUCAAAUAGUUGAAAAUUCAAGCUCUAUAUGAUGUUGGCUCCUCUCUCAAGGGUUUUCUCCUUUUUCCCCACUCCCAGGAUGCCAUCUAGACUGGGGGGUGGGGAGGGAGGAUUUAUGUAACUUUUGACCUCUAAGAAGAGGCCUCUGGUGCAUGUCCUUUCUCUGCUAGCUCCUAUGCUUUAGGGGUAACUCCUUCCUUUGAUUUAUUUGGCAUUGACCCUCUGUCCUCACCAAAUUCCACCGAAGUGAAAACUGGUAUACUUCAUGGUCUGUAGUCUCAGCAUGGUCCAUGCCAGUGAGGAGAAUUACUGUGAUUUCAUCCCAACUUUAUGCUCAGACCAAGCCAUAUACCCUAUUUGGGUUGUCUUUGGCUCUCUAUCCCACUGCCUCUCUGAUUAGGGCCCCUUGUUUCCAUGUUGACAACUCCCAGCAACCCGCUGACCCUCAACACUCAAGUACUUUCCUUCUUCCUCUGGGACAUGCAGGAACUUCUGGAUCUCCCCAUGCCACAGAUAGGCCAUGGGUGAAUAGGGAGUGUUGUGGGGUGUAUUUUGGGCCCUGUCUGCAGAAAUAAAACAUUACUGUUUUUACUUCUAUAUUGCUGACCUGGGUUGAGACCAGUCCACCACCCUUAUUCCCAAGCAAGAGGGGCUCCAACCUGAGCUCCAUGCUUUGCAGAGCCCUAUUAUGGCCCUCUUUGGGUGGUAUCCUGAUCCACAUGGCAAAGCCUUUGUAGUAUUAAAGGGGAUGAGUCUACCAGGAGCCUGUGCACCACUCCCCCUCCUUGGAGACCAUGCUCUGGGUACUUGGGAACCUGAGAUUCCUGUCCAUAUAGCUGUGAACCUGCUUCCAGCGACUGGAAAGACCUCUUCCUGGGUUGGUCCUGAGAGCAGCCUGUGACACCAGUAUGCAGACUUCGAGGCCCAAGCAGUAGUCAUGGAUGAUUUUAUGUGAGAGCGUGGACAGGGCUUGUAUAUGCAGGUCAAGACUUUGGGGUGGGAAGAAAAGGGGAGGCCAAGUCACUUUCCCAUCAAACUCCAAAAAGCCCAAAAAUUCAAAAUUUGUACCUAGCAUUUCAGGGCAUUUUGAUGGUAUAUUCGUAAGGUAGGAGAGAAGAACUUGAUUUAUAACUUAAAUAUUUGAGCACCUGAUACAGGGCCUGCAUUUGGAAUCUUGUCCCAAGCCUGGCAAAUGUUAGGAGUGUGUCUUAUUAGCUAGCAUAGGGGAAUCUGUGAGAUAAUCUAACAUUCUGACCAGGAAUGUAGAAACACUUUGCUCUGGGCCUUCCCAAACCUAUCUGAGGUCACUAUUUCGUGUCCUCUGGAAUUCAACCCUUAGUAGUUGGAUCCAUGGAUCAGGCCCCACAUUCAUAUCUAAACUAUAUGGCUCUUCUCUCUAGGGCAAGGAACAUCUUACGUAAUUAUUACUCCAUGGAUGGAAGCUUACUCUGCCAAACUUUGACUUCUUAGAAUCAAAGAUCUUUGGUUUGGUUGGUUUUUUUCUUUCCUUUCUCAACUAGUCUGGCUUGUGCAAGAGGAAAUCUUAGUUCCAGAUUACUUCUACUGUGCUAUCUCGUUUUUCCUAAAGUCUAUUUUGAAAGUAAAAGCUGAGCAAGGUCUUCUUUGUUCUCCAUUGUAUUUGCAUUUCCCCUGAAGCACUGAAAGUGCAGAACAAGAAUUACUGAUAAUGAAGUGUGUUGGUUAUUAAUUUUAAGGUACUAGUCUUCAUUUUAACUCCAGAAAAAAUGUCCUACAUUUUUUGAAUUUGGGUCUCAAAGGAAAAGUUCUAUCACAGAGCGUAGAGCCUUCUGUCAUUUCAGGGGUAAUCCCUUCUGCUUUCUUGCCCCCUCAAUUUCAGGAACAAGACAAGUUCUACUCCUUGUCUCAUGCACACUGAUUUCACUAUCAUCUUUUUUAAUGCUUGAGCCAGCAACCUUUGUAUCUUACCCUCUACCCAAGGUGGUUUAUGAAAGAUAUUUUCCUUGACAAAGACUUUCCUCUUAAAGAAGAAUUCCAGUGCUAGCUGUUAAACUUGUUAUUCACCACCUUAUACCUGUCUGCUGUCCUGCCUCAGGAAAUAGGGAAAGCCUCAGGGCCCCGUCACACUAGACACGCCAGCCAGCACAGAGUUGUUGAAAGAAAAAGAAAGGGUUGCCUUUACCCUCUUUAAAGUAUAAGUAGCAUUGUGAGUGGAAAUGCUCUCAGGCAAAGAAAUCCUGGUGUGCUUUCUUUCUUAGUAGGCACAGAAAAGGAUAAAAGCUCAGAACAGCUCUUCAAAAAGUACAAUAUAUCUAUAAACCAUUUCAAAGAGGAUAGAAAAUAUCUCCAUUAAUUCCAGUGCAAAUGAUGCUGAAUUGAGACAUGCAGUGCCAUCUGAUUUAGACUAGCAGUAUCUUCAAGAAAGUAGAUAAGGAGUUAAACUCACCUCCUGAUCUUCCCUUAACUCAGAGAUGCAGAAGUCAGAAAAUGGGACUGUAUCCCAUGUGUGGAGUAUUGCCUUUGGUGGCAGGAAGAUAUGAGCCCACUCUUCCCUACCACUAGGGCCAGAUCCAUUGGCAUGGGAUAGAGCCGUCACACAGAACCCGUGUUCAGAAGGUCCCCACACUCGGAGUUUAAUGCCCAGUGGCCAACACCUUGAAAUUCUUAAUAAUUUUAUCUUUGAAUAUGUGUUUUGUAAAUGAAGUCUGAAGAGACAAUGGCACAUGCACUUGGGGGCUUGCAGCCUCAGCUCAAAUGGUCCCUCCUCUUGCCACCUUCCAGGGCAGAUACUUGACUGCCAGCUCCCUUUAGCAGCCCACACUGUGCCUGGCUUGUUUUCCCACUCCCUCCCAACAACCACUGCCAUCUUCCUACCUUGGCAGAUGCCUAGGGUUGGGAACUUUGCCCAGUGGCAUUUUGAGUAGGGUAUGACAGCAGCCCUUCUGCCCCAGGAUGGCAGUGCAUUUGGUGGGCAAGUUGGCUGGGGUGAGCCUCUUACCCACUCCAGACCCAGGUACUGAGCCCCCCUCAGCAGGUGGAAUCCCUUGGGGGUCACACAUCACUGUGGUUUGGGUUGCUCAUUUAACAGAUUAAUGGAUAAAUGUAUAUAUUAAAUGUAAAACACGUGGACUCUGUGAAACAGUAUCAGAGAUAUACAUUCUUCAGACGGAGAUGGUGAGUUGACCAAAAUUAACAAUUUUCCAGGAAAGUAAAAAUACAAUAUCAGAAUUUAAGUCUUCAUUGGAGAUUGUGAAGAGCAGAACUGACAUUCUAAAAUGUUAAAUUGUAAUUUUCAUGAUAAACUUCAGACAUUUUCCCAGAAUACUGAACAGAAUGUCACAGGAUGAAAGUGGUGAGAUGACAGAAAGUAAAAACCCAAACUUUAAAAUUGCAAUGAUCAGAAUUAAAUUCUGUCCCAAUACAUCUAUGGCAGUUGAUUUUUAAUGAGGGUGCUAAGUUCAUCCAAUGAGGAAAGAAGUCUCUUCAACAAAUGAUUCUGGGACAACUGGACCUCCACACACAAAAGAAUGAAGUUGGGCUCGUAUCUCACACCGUACAUGAAAAUUAACUCAAAAUACAUCAAAGACCCAGUUUUCAACAAUGAAUUCAUGGUUAUGGUACCAAAAGUAUGAGUAACAAAAGACAACAUAGAUAAGUUUGGACUUCAUCAAAAUUAAAAAACUUUUGUGUAUCAAAGGACUUUAUCAACAAAAUGCAGAGAUAAUCUACAGAGUGGGAGAAAAUAUUUGGGAACAUGUAUCUAUCUGAUAAGGGUUUAAUAUCCAGAAUAUAUAAAGAACUUCAACUCUACAGGAAAAAGACCAAAAAAAAACAAAUUAAAAAACAUGCCAAGUACUUGAAUAGACACUUUAUCAAAAAAAAGAUAUACAAACAGCCAGUAAGCACAUGAAAAGAUGCUCAGUGUCAUUAAUCAUUAGGAAAAUGCAAAUCAAAACCACAGUGAGAUACUAUUUCACAUAACUGGGAUGAGUAUUGUCAGAAACGCGGAAAAUAACAAGAGUUGGUGAGGAUGUGGAUAAAUCAGAACCUCCGUCUACCUAUUGCUGGUGAGAUUGUAAAAUGGUGCAGCUGCUGUGGAGAACAGUUUGACAGUACCUCAAAAAGUUAAACAUAGAACUACCUUAUGACCCAGCAAUUCCACGUCUAGGUAUAUACUCAAAAGAAUUGAAAACAGGGACUCAGAUACUUGUACAUCAGGGUUCAUUGUAACAUUAUUCACAAUAGCCAAAAGGUAGAAACAACCAAAGUGUCCAUCAAUAGACAAAUAGAUGAAUAAAAUCUGGUAUAUACAUGGAGCCCUGGUGACACAGUGGUUAAGAGCUCAGCUGCUAACCAGAAGGUCGGCAGUUCGAAACCACCAACUGCUCCUUGGAAACUCAAGGGGGUAGCUCUACUCUGUCCUAUAGGGUUGCUAUGAGUCAGAAUUGACUCCAUGGCAACAGGUUGUAGACAUGCAAGCAAACUCGUCCCGGGCAGAUGGGACUAGAGAGAUACUAAAGAACGCAUUGGCCAGAUUUAACGCAACGUAAUGGGUGCUCAGGUCUCUACAAAAUUUUUCUAACAAGGAAGUUGUGUUCAGGACAGUAGCAUGUAUAGGAGGGAUCACCUUGUUAAGGUCCCUGUAGUUCAUGGUCAUACGCCAGGUCCCAUCUGGUGUCUUCACAGGCCACACAACUGUUAAGCACUGUGGGCUUCCUGGAGGAUACUCUUUUUAAUUACGAAAUAGUUUCACGAAUUUCUUUAUGUCCUCUGGGCAACUAAUAUUGCUUGAUGUCUACCACCCUUCAUGGUGGGGCAAGGUCACUGAUUCCUAUGCCACAUUCC